AUGGUCGCCGCUGCAACGCUGGGCAACGGCUUAAUUGAGCUACAAGGCGAGUUCGGCAGCCCACAACAACAAGCGACUAGGGGAGCAACCGAAGGAAGGCAGGUAGAUAUCAACAAGUCAAUCGAGUGCGGCAGAAUGCGAUUUGCACUAUGCGAGUACGUGAUGCUCUGCCUGAAGGAGCGCAACGCCGACCAGUGCAUUGUCACAUCAGGAGUGAGCGGUUCAGGCAAAACAGAAAACCUCAAAAUCGCCUUAAACUACUUUAUCCACGGUUCGAGUGACCGAUCGAAGCUGAAUAAAAUCAAAGCGCGUCUAAGUUCAAUUCCGCAAAUCCUCGAAGGUAAGCUGAAAGGCGCGACAUCUUUAGGGCGACAGGCGACAUUCAUUUCAUUUCAAAUGUUUACAGCUUUUGGAAACGCAUCUACGGAAAGCAACAUCAAUUCUACGCGAAUGGUUUACAUGCUUGAGAUUGACUUUGACUUCCGCGGAGACCCUUUAGGCGGACAGAUUUGUGAUCAUUUUCUUGAAAAGACUCGAGUGGCUAGACAUGAAAUCUUUGGCUACAAUUUUCACAUUUUGUAUCAAAUUGUUGGCGGCGCGAAUUCAAACCUUCUGAGAUAUCUUAAAUUAAACCGAAACAUCGACUCAUACACUUUGCUCAAAGAGAGAAAGCAGUCAGACUAUGUGCCAAUAAAUGCUCAAAACUUGGCUGAUGAUUUUCGUAAAACAAAAAACACUCUUCAGCUUUUAGGCUUUACUUCCGAUGAAAUUAUCGAGUGCUUUCAAAUACUGGCCUUUAUAAUCAAACUAGGAAAUGUGAAUUUUCUUCGACGAGCAAACAUAGACAGCACCGAGGGCUGUACCAUUCUUGCUGACUAUGAAAUCAUCGACAUUUGCACUGCCUUUCAGUUAGAAUUUGCACUUUUUCAAAAACUGCUAACUCAGAAGAUUGUGAAAAAUCAAAAUGAUGUCUUUAUCGCCGAGCUGUCUGCAAGUUCGGCUAAUAAAGUGAAAAACUCCUUGUGUAAAGCAUUGUACAGUCGCCUUUUCACUUGGCUGGUUGGGCGCAUUAACGAACUGGUGAAGACCAAACCAUCGGCCAACUUGUCUCGCAACAAUCUGACACUUUUUGACUCGUAUGGAUUUGAAAAGUACACUAUAAACUGCUUUGAGCAACUGCUCAUCAACUAUCUCUACGAGAAGAUUCAGCAGGUUUUCAUUGACUACAACUUUCGACAAGUACAGGAGGAUUACAUUUGCGAGGAAAUUGAAUGGCAACCAGUGCACAUAAACUCAAAUGAUUUGCUUUGUGAUCUCAUCGAAAGGCCCAUCGACGGAGUUCUAGCAACACUAGAGAAAGAGAGCUCCAAGAAGGUGUACUUUGGCGAGGAGAUAUUCAUACAGAAUCUGAACAAGAACUGUGAUUCAGAUUUGCACUACACGAGCAUCACCAAUCCGGUUCGGGCGAAUCGCGACAGCAGCGGCAGCUACUUAGUUCCCAGUCUUCCAUACCGACGUCUUUCAGCUGGCGACAUUACCAAAUCGCUUCCACAGUUGUGCUUUGCCGUCAAGCACUACAUUGGCAAUGUCGUGUACAGCAUCAAUGGUUUCAUCGAGAAGAACACCGACCACAUCAGCCGCGACUGGUCGGCCCUAUUUUUUAAAAGCGAUCACAGUCUGCUGAAACUUCUCUUUCCCGAGGGCAACCCGGCGCGAAAGAACCCAAAGAAGCCAAUUACACUAGCCAAUCAGUUCAUCAUCUCAGUGGAGUCAGUCAUCGCAAAGCUGCAAAGUAAACAACUGCACUUUGUAAAGUGCAUUCGCCCGAAUCGUCUGAAGAUGCCCAACCUCAUCGACGACGAGUACGUCUUCCGGCAGCUGCGGUCGCAGUUUCUCAUCGAGCAGAGUGCCUUUCUCAAGAAAGCCUACUUUUUCUCGCAGCGGUACGCAAACUUCUUUGAACGCUUCCGCCUUCUUUCCGCUCAAACCUGGCCCACUUGGUCGGGCAAUGCGCUCAAUGGCGUCUACAUUCUCCUCUUUCAGCUUUUUGACGGGCAGCUGGCUGGGUUUGCUUUUGGCAAGGGAAAAAUAUACGUAAAGACCUUUAAAACGCUGAUCACCCUAGAAGAGUGGCGGUCAAUUAAACUGGCCGAGGUGGCCACCAAAAUUCAGAAGACCGUCCGAGCUUGGGUUCAACAGCGAAAGUAUCAGCGAAUGGUUUUUGCGCAGAUAAAGAUUUCCCGCUUCUACCGAAACUGGAAACGCAAAAAGUACCUCUACUGGCUGGCAGAACAUCUGCCCUCCCGAUCUCCACUGGGGCGAGAGUGGCCAGCCGCUCCGAGACUCCUUCGUGAAACUAAUCACCUGCUCAGGAAAUUGUUCCACAAGUGGCGGUGCCACCAAUACCGAAUGCGCUUUGACCAGCCGAACCGCAAUCGAAUGCGCGAGAAGGUGACAGCAGCGGCGCUGUUUCGCCACCGCAAAGCCUCCUACCGCAGCUCACUAUCGCAUCCAUUUCGCGGCGAUUACAUUCGAUUGCGGCAGAAUGUCAAGUGGAAGAAGCUGCUGCCAAAGCUGGGCGAGAUGUACGUCGUCUUUGCCGAUUUAGUCAGCAAGAUAACCAAACGAUGCGGCAAGUUUGCACAGAAGCUGGUGGUCAUCAGCACGAGCUCCUUCAUCAUUCUCGACCAUAAAACGAUGCAGAUCAACCACCUCGUCAAGCUGCAGGAUAUCUUCAAGAUCUCCACGAGCCCCUUCACUGACAACAUCUUUGUGAUUCACAUCUACACGGAUGAGCAAGGCUUGAACAGUCGCGCCUUCCUCUUCGAGUCGAGCCACCUGAUUGAGCUGGUGUCGAAGCUGUUCCUCGUGAUACAGAACACCGUUGGCAGAGGGCCCACUGUGGAGAUAUCGCAUGA